AUGGGCGACGAGGCCCACGCCGCAGACGACGAGACUGAGAACACGUUGUACGCCGUCCUGCUGUGCAACCCUGCGGCCACGCACGAGGAGCUGCGGAGAGCCUACAAGGAGCAGGCGCUGCAUUGGCACCCAGACAAGAACGACGACCCCGAGGCGGAGGAGCGCUUCAAGCUCAUCAGCACCGCGUGGAGCAUCCUCUCGGACGACGCCAAGCGGGCGGCGUACGAUGCGAGCCUCGCAAGAGGCGCCGCCGCAGAGCAGGAC